GGAGUGCGGCCGGGUGAGGCGGUCUCGGAAAGUUACUGUAACUUUCCAAUGUCGGCGAGAUUGGAGUUGGAGUGUUCGAGGCCGGUGGCCGAGCUGCAGAGUCGCCGCAACUUUAACUUAAGUAUUUGAGAAACAGAGAGAGGAGAAACUUUGUUCUCCUGCUGAAUGCUCUAUGAGGAGUGUCGAGAGGAGGUAACUGCCGAGAGAUGGGAGCCAGCCAGCUGUGGUGGAAUCUGUGGGGCAUUCUGAGGAUUGUGGCCGUGUGUGGAGCAUUACAGUGUCGUGACUCCUUUCAGCCAUGUGUUAAUAGAGGAAAAUGCGUAACCCAUCAGAACGGGACUGGAGAAUGUGUGUGUCAGUCAGGAUUUGUCGGUGAAUACUGCCAGCAUUCAGACCCCUGCCAGAUUUCACCCUGCCUCAAUGGAGGGACAUGCCGCACUUCAGUCACAGAAGGGAAAUUACAAAGAUUGUGUCACUGUGUUUUGGGAUCUACGGGUGAACGGUGUGAGACAAGUGUCACCAAUGUCUGUCUGAACAAUCCUUGCCAAAAUAAAGGAACGUGCCGUCUCAUUACCCUCGAGAAGUAUGAAUGUGAUUGCCAGCAAGGAUGGAUAGGUAAAAACUGCCAGCAUGUGGAUUCCUGUGCCUCUCAGCCAUGUGCUAAUGGGGGUAAAUGCAGCAGUUCAAGAGACAAUUACACCUGUAGCUGCCUCCCAGGCUACACCGGAUCUCACUGCCAGACUGACAUUGAUGAAUGCUCUACUGAGGUUCUGUGCCAGAACAGUGGGACAUGCCUAACCAUACCAGGAUCAUACCGCUGCCUAUGCAAACCUGGAUUCACUGGGAACAAUUGUGAGAGUGUUUAUGUCCCCUGCUCGUCAUCGCCAUGCAUGAACGGGGGCACUUGCCGACCAAUCAACAAUGACCUAACCUACGAAUGCAACUGCCUGCCAGGGUUCAGUGGGAAGGACUGUGAAAUUAACAUUGAUGAUUGCCCUGAGCACAAAUGUCAGAAUGGUGGUACCUGCGUGGAUGGAGUGAACACAUACAAUUGUCGAUGUACACCUGAAUGGACAGGUCAGUUUUGUACAGAAGAUGUGGAUGAGUGUCAACUGCAGCCAAAUGCAUGUCAGAAUGGAGGAACCUGCUCCAACAACAUCGGAGGUUAUAACUGCGUCUGUGUCAAUGGCUGGAGUGGUGAUGACUGCAGUGAGAACCUUGAUGACUGUGCAGUUGCUAUUUGCAUGAAUGGGGCCACCUGCCAUGAUCGUGUGGCAUCUUAUGUUUGCGAGUGCCCUGUUGGUAAAGCUGGAAUCUUCUGUCAGGUGGAUGAUGCAUGUGUUAGUAACCCAUGUCAUGAAGGAGCCACAUGUGAAACCAAUCCUCUAAAGAGCAGCUUCUUUUGUAGUUGUCCCCUUGGAUACAGGGGGGCCAUCUGUGAUGAGGAUAUCAAUGAAUGUGCACUGGGAGGCAAUCCCUGUGAGCAUGGAGGGAAAUGUGUCAACACCAAGGGCUCUUUCCGCUGUGAGUGUGUCAUUGGUUACACAGGACCACGCUGUGAGAUGGACAUCAAUGAAUGCGUUUCUAUGCCAUGCCAGAAUGAUGCCACCUGCUUGGACCAGAUUGGUGAAUUCAAGUGCAUCUGCAUGCCAGGUUUUGCGGGGACACACUGUGAAUUGAACAUCGAUGAGUGUGAAAGCCAGCCUUGCCUAAACAAUGGUGUGUGUAAGGAUGAUGUGAACAGAUUCACAUGCAAAUGUCCACCUGGUUUUGCGGGGAAUAUGUGCCAGAUUGACAUUGAUGAGUGUGCCAGCACACCAUGCCAACAUGGAGCCAAGUGUAUUGAUCGUCCAAAUGCUUUUGAAUGUGAUUGCAGUGAAGGCUUUACAGGAACUACCUGUGAGAUUAAUGAGAACGAUUGCGACCCGGAUCCCUGCCACUAUGGAACGUGUGAGGAUGGAAUAGCCGGGUACACUUGCAACUGUAAAGCCGGUUACAAGGGUCCAAUCUGUAGUGAGCAGAUCAAUGAAUGCCAGAGUAGUCCAUGCCAGAAUGGUGGCACCUGCCAAGAUCGUGUGAACAAUUACAUAUGCCGCUGUCCUGUUGGCACCUCCGGUGUCAAUUGUGAGAUUAACUAUGAUGACUGCGCGAGCAAUCCAUGUAGUUAUGGAAGCUGUCAAGAUGGUAUUAAUCGGUAUGACUGUGUAUGCAGCCCUGGCUAUACAGGUCCAAUGUGCAACAUUGACAUCAAUGAAUGUGCAUCCAACCCAUGUCACAAUGGAGGCACAUGUUUCGAUCAUAUGAAUGGCUUCACAUGCCGCUGCCCUGAGGGGUACCAUGAUCCUCACUGUAUAUCGGAAGUCGAUGAGUGCAAGAGUAACCCUUGUGUUCAUGGCAAAUGUGUGGACGACGUCAACAGUUACCAGUGCGUUUGUGAAGCUGGUUGGGCAGGAAUCAACUGUGAUGUGGACAAAGAUGAGUGCGAGUCAAAUCCUUGUCAGGAGGGAGGAACCUGUGAGAACCUAAUCAAUGGCUACAAGUGUACAUGUGUGAAGGGAUUCAAAGGUUUCGACUGUCAAAUCAACAUAAAUGAAUGUGCAUCAAACCCCUGCCUGAACAAAGGAGUCUGCAUUGAUGGAGUGAAUUCCUAUCACUGUGUCUGCUCUCUCCCAUACACUGGUAAGGAUUGUGAGUUUGUUCUUGCUCCGUGUUCCUCCCAGCCAUGUGAAAAUGGAGGUAUAUGCAAUGAAACUGAGGACUAUGAGAAUUUCAUGUGUACCUGCACGAUGAAUUGGCAAGGUCAGAGGUGCUCAGUGGAUGUUGAUGAGUGUGUUACUGAUCCAUGUAAAAAUGGUGCUUCUUGUCAAAAUACCCCUGGGAGCUACGAGUGCCAGUGCCUCCCUGGCUACAUUGGAGUGAACUGCGAGACAAAUGUCGACGAUUGCAGCCCCAAUCCAUGCCAGAACGGAGGUUCCUGCAUUGAUGGUGUCAACACAUUCUCGUGCGGCUGCCUGUCGGGGUUCACCGGUAGCAAAUGCCAGCAGGAGAUAAAUGAGUGCUUGAGUGACCCGUGUCUCAAUGGCGGGAACUGCUCUGAUUAUGUCAACAGCUAUGUAUGCAAGUGCCCAGAAGGCUUCAAUGGGAUUCACUGUGAAAACAACAUGCCGGACUGCACAGAAAGCUCCUGCUUCAAUGACGGAACCUGUAUCGACGGCAUCAACUCGUAUACCUGCCGCUGCCAACCUGGCUUCACUGGUUCCAACUGCCAGUUCGAUAUCAAUGAGUGUGACUCCAAUCCAUGUCAGAAUGGGGCCACCUGUGUCGACGGGCUGGGGGGUUACCGGUGCACCUGCCCUUCCGGCUACUCUGGUAACAACUGCCAGAACUUGGUGAAUCUGUGUAACUGGUCACCCUGUAAAAACAGAGGCAAAUGUGUGCAGCAAGGCGCCACGUACCGUUGUGAAUGCCAGAGCGGAUGGACAGGGCUGUACUGUGAUGUGCCGGAUGUAUCCUGUGAGGUGGCUGCUCGUCAGAGAGACUUGACUGUUGAGCAACUGUGUCAGCAUUCUGGGAUAUGCAUCAAUACCGGCAACAGUCACCGGUGCCAGUGCAUGGCUGGGUAUACUGGCAGCUAUUGCCAGCUGGAUGUGGAUGACUGCGCCUCAAACCCCUGCCGCAAUGGAGCCACCUGCAGAGACUACCUGGGAAGCUAUGCCUGUGAGUGUGUUCCAGGGUACCAAGGUGUCAACUGUGAAUAUGAGGUAAAUGAGUGCAAACUCUAUCACUGUCAGAACGGAGGAACAUGUAUCGACCUGGUGAAUGAUUACAAAUGUUCCUGUCCACCCGGAACUGGAGGCAUUCUGUGCGAAAUAAACAACGAUGAUUGUGAACCCAAUAUUGAUCCAUACACUGGGGAGCACAAGUGUCUCAAUGGUGGGCAAUGCGUUGAUAAAGUUGGUGGCUACAGCUGCAUCUGCCCGCCGGGCUUCAUUGGAGAGCGCUGUGAAGGGGAUGUUAACGAGUGUCUGUCCAACCCAUGUGAUCGCAAGGGCAGCCUUGACUGUGUGCAGUUAACCAACGAUUACCUGUGCAAAUGCCGACCUGGUUUCACAGGUCAUCGCUGUGAGACCAUUGUUGACCUCUGCCUUUCUCAACCCUGCCAGAAUGGAGGGACCUGCAUGUUUGCUGUAAACACUCCACUUGGUUAUACCUGCCAGUGCAGACCCGGUGUGGUGGGAGCACGUUGCGAAUACACCAACUACACCUGCGGGCAGGUGUUGUGCCAAAAGGGUGGGACUUGUUCCAUGACCCCGCAGGGCCCCAGGUGCCAAUGUUUGAAUGGAGUCAGAGGCUCAGAAUGCUGGCUGCCCACCUGCUCUGCCAAGCUGUGCCACAAUGGCGGGACCUGCCUCCCAAAGUCCACGCUGCCGUUCUUCAGCUGCCAGUGCCCCCCGCAGUACCGGGGGCUGAAAUGCACCGAGCUGGCGAGGAAGAGCUGUCGGCUGCCGCUGUGCAAGGAGAAGGCCGGGGACCGAGUCUGCCACCAAGAGUGCAACAACCACGAGUGUGAGUGGGACGGUGGCGACUGCUCACUCACCUUGAAACCUUGGGAGAACUGCACCGAGAGCCUGCAAUGCUGGAAUUACUUCAACAACAACAAGUGUGACGAGGCCUGCAACACUCCAGAGUGUCUGUUUGACAACUUUGACUGCCAAUCCACUCCGAAAACCUGCAAUCCAUUUUAUGAGAAGUACUGUGCUGACCACUAUCAAGAUGGACGAUGCGACCAGGGCUGUAAUACAGACGAGUGCGGCUGGGACGGCCUAGAUUGUGUUGGCAACCUGCCGGAGCGACUGGCCAAGGGGACGCUGGUGCUGGUUGUUCUCCUGCCACCAGAGGAGCUUCUCAAGGAUGCUGUAAACUUCCUUCGAAGGCUUGGGGCUCUGCUGCAUACUGUAGUGAGAUUCAAGAAGAAUGAAAAUGGGGAACCAAUGAUCCUCCCUUACUACAGCCAAGGCUCCAGGAUGAAGAGGUUUAUCAGGAAAGUGAGAGAGCUUGAGCGAGAAGUUAUUGGUUCUGAAGUCUGCUUGGAGAUUGACAAUCGUCAGUGUUUUCAAACAUCUGAAGAUUGCUUCCCGUCAACCGACAGUGCUGCUGCCUUCAUUGCUGCCCAGUCCAGCAAGGGCCACCUGCCUUACCCAAUUAAGUCUGUUGAAAGUAAACCUGCUGAUGAUAGAAUCCAGAAAUCACUGAGCCUCCUGUACCUUUUGAUGGUUGCUGUCGGCAUCAUCAUCCUUAUCCUGAUAAUGGGUGUUGUAGCAGCUAAACGCAAGCGCAAGCUGGGCCCACUGUGGUUCCCAGAGGGCUUUGUCCUGAAGAAGGGUGGCAAUCGGAAGCGUCGUGAGCCUGUGGGGCAGGAUGCAGUGGGGAUGAAAAAUCUAUCAAAGCCAAUUCCUGAUGACAGCAUGAUUGAUGACAACCAGAAUGAGCAAUGGAUGGAGAGUGGAGGGCCCGAAGCCAAGAAACCAAAGACUGAAGAUCAAGCCCUGCUCCCGGAGAAUGAAGACCAGGUUGACCGUCGACCAUGGACACAGCAGCAUCUGGUGGCGGCAGAUAUUCGUUUAACGCCGUCCCUGGCCCUAACCCCACCUCAAGCGGAGCAGGAUGCUGAAAGCAUGGACGUCAAUGUUAGAGGUCCAGAUGGUUUUACACCACUUAUGUUGGCAUCACUACGAGGUGGCGGGCUGGACACUGGAAUUGAGGAGGAGGAAGACACCGAGGACACAUCAGCCAAUGUCAUCACUGACCUCAUAUACCAGGGUGCCAGCCUCCAUUCCCAGACAGACCGGACCGGGGAGACGUCUCUCCACUUGGCUGCACGCUAUGCUCGGGCAGAUGCGGCCAAGCGUCUCCUUGAUGCAGGUGCCGAUGCCAAUGCCCAGGAUAAUAUGGGUAGAUCACCUCUUCACGCAGCUGUGGCAGCUGAUGCACAGGGGGUGUUCCAGAUUCUGAUCAGAAACCGGGCCACUGAUUUGGAUUGUCGAAUGAAUGAUGGAACCACACCACUGAUCCUGGCUGCCCGCCUUGCUGUAGAAGGGAUGGUUGUUGAGCUGAUUAACUGCCAUGCAGAUGUUAAUGCUGUGGAUGACCAUGGUAAAUCAGCACUUCACUGGGCAGCAGCUGUUAACAAUGUGGAUGCAACCCAGGCCCUCCUGAAGAAUGGAGCCAACAAAGACAUGCAGGACAACAAGGAGGAGACACCCUUGUUCCUUGCUGCGAGGGAGGGCAGUUUCGAAGCUGCCAAAAUCCUACUGGACCAUUUCUCUAACCGUGACAUUACUGACCACAUGGACAGACUCCCUCGUGACAUCGCGCAGGAGCGAAUGCACCAUGACAUUGUGCAACUCCUGGAUGAGUACAACCUUGUUCGGAGCCCACAGGGCCCUGCUGGAUCCAUGAUGGGACCCACUGUGUCUCCAGUGACCUGCUCGACUGGUAGUUCUUUUAUGAACCUGACCAAGAUGACUCCCAUGGGCAAGAAAGCAAGACGGCCAAGCACCAAGAGCCUCACUCCAGGCAAUGCUAAAGACUCUAAAGAUGCCAAAACCAGGAGGCGGAAACGAUCCAUCGGCAAUGAUAAAGGGGCUAUUGUGGAAGGUUCACUGACCCUGUCCCCAGUCGAGUCGCUGGAAUCCCCACAUACCUACUUAGCCACCACAUCUCCACCAGUUCUCACAUCAUCAGGGGUUUUGCACCAAUCUCCACCAACAUCUCUCCACCCAUCCACUCCAGUACAGAGCCAGCUGGCCAUGUCGUUCUCCAACCUAACUGAAAUAAAAGGUUUGAACAUGGACUCCAACACAGUGUUGAGUCAGGUCCUCCCCUCCAUGUCUCAUCCUUCCAUGGCUGGGCAAAGCAACAGCCUGGGGUUGCCCUUAGGAAGGGUUGAACAUGUAAACAUGCAAUCAGAGUGGAUGAACAGGGUGGGAAUUACAACAUCCCAGUACAACCCCAUGCUCAGCGUCAUGCAACAUGUCUCUGGCUCCUACCCAAAUAUGCAACAGCAGAACGCAGUGCUUCAGGCUAACAUGCCUCAGGUACACAUGACCAUGCUCAGGGAGCAGUUACCACAGAUACUCACCUACCAGCCCAUGAACAAUGCUGCAUCACAGUUGGUCAUGCAGCAGCAACAGCAGCAGCAAAGUACUCAAGUAACACAGCAGCAGGGGCAACCUUACUGUGGCUCAAUGACGCCAGGGCCCGUUGGUAACAUGCACCAGAUGCCAGAGAUUGUCCAGCUGCCAAAUGGUCAACUGAACAGCUCCAUGCUGUCCGCUAGCCAAGAGGGUCAGGUACCACAGACCACCCUACCGCCCUACCACAAGCUACCAAGCUCAGUGCAGAUCGAUAAGUACCCUACACCGCCGUCUCAGCACAGUUAUGUUUCAGCAACAGACAAUACCCCAAACCACAAUGUUCAUCUGCAGAGCGAGCACCCUUAUCUAACACCUUCUCCAGAAUCCCCUGAUCAGUGGUCCAGCUCGUCACCGCAUUCCACAUCCGACUGGUCAGACAUCACACCCAGCCCUGCUCCGAUCGGACAGCGACCACAGAUUUCACACGUUCCAGAGCAGCAGAGGAACAACAUGCAGGUAUUUGCCUGAGCAUUGGCGAUGGGAAACUCUUCAUCUGGCUGAGCGCAAUUGAGGAAGAACAUUCCUUGUACUUCACGUUUUGAAAUUUCCCCUUCAUUUGGUUGGGUGAGAAGGAGGAAUGGAACUGAAAAUGAAAUACUGAACAAGUCUUAGCGAAGUUCAGCUCUCUCAGAAUUUAGGGAUGCAAAGACACGACUUCAGUGUAGUUUGAAGACAUUUUUAUUUAUUUUAAUCACUGAUGUCACUGCCUGUUUCUAUGUGUGACACUUCUUUAAAACUUCUUUUCAGCUCUGAACUUAAGCAAGGUUUUUAUUUUAAACCUGCCAAAUUGCUACCAGUGUCACUCUGUGUUCUGUACAGUUCCCUCAUCAAACUGAGAACUGUGUUCCAUUUGUAGAUGCAAACAGAUUUGAAGCUGAGGGAUGGUUGUGAAUUGUGACAGCAGCAUUACACCAAAUCCUGCUGAUGUGGCUCUUAAAUAAUCAAAAUGUAUCAUGUAAUAUUGAAGGAAAGUGUACCCUUCCCACUUGAAGGUGGGGGAAGUUGUGAGGACGAGACUGUAGGAGUUGUGAACAGGCACUGAAGAUCAGCAGGUCCACACUUACACCUCGCCAUCCAUUGCCGAUUGCUUUUAGAAGCUGACCUCUCAUUUUAAAUUGCCUUUAUAGUCUUCCAUGGUACUAAGAUUGCUAAUGUAGUGCCUUCAUGUAAGUUUGUACUGAAUACCUGUCUUGUCAGAAGCACCAUGGCAGAGGGAUAGGGCAGGUGAAAUAGCUCAGAAUUCUUCCAUUUUUGUGCUUAUGUUACUUUUAAAUGUCAGUGUUUAAUCAUUCCUGCAUCACUCGAGUCUCCUAAAGUAUUAGCAUUUCUGGUGAACCACUUAUUUGUAUUCGUCAAAACAUGCUUGUCUUUUUUUUACUUUAUUUAAAGAAUAAGUGAAUUUGUAACUCGGUGUAACGCUCGGUUAGGGUAUUCUUACCAAUUAGUUCUUUUGCAUCCAUGAAUCAUUCAUCGCAGGCCUUCUGUUUGCAGCAACUGAUGAGCAGACCUUGGCCAUCAAGCCUCUAUUGGAUAAAUCAUUGACAAGCUUACUUUAGCAUGUGGAUUGGAGGAGAAGGUUGUUCCAUUUUUGAACAUCACUGCUGUCGAACCCCAACGUAUUGUUUGGCACUUAGUGGGAGUUUCAGUGCAGCUGUGGAACACUCUGUCUCUUACAGGUCAUGGGGCUCAAUAGAGACUGGAUAACUCAAGACAAUUGUUUCAUUUCAUGUGAACAUGAUACAGCUUGGCUGGCUGGGUUCUCAUUUCUCCAUGUUUGGUCUCAUAUUUGCCUCAAAAUAUUCCCGAGAUUACAAUUCGAUUGAAUUCACUGCAUUGGAAGUUUGAAGUGAAGUGGUAAAUGAAGAAGUUUAGCUGUGAGAUUCACUAUGUUAUGAUGAGGGCAGACCUCAUACGGACUGCCCCUCUGAACAGCAGUAAUUACUGAUUCCAAACCUGUUCAGAAACCAUUUCUUUUGCUUGGCCACCCACGAACAGAGAGGAUUUUGACUCUGUCCUUAAUUUGAAAGAUUGGCUGGAGGAAGGGUUCUGGGUAUGGCAUCCUCAUCCAACUGUUGAUGUCUGUUUGGAAAAGGGAUGCAGUUGGUAUAUGCCACAGGAAAUGUUAUGUUUUCCAUUUUGUCCAAAGAUGCCAAACUUCUGGUCAUAGCUGGGAUUUGGGGAGGUUGGGGCUUGAGCACAGUUCCCAGUAGGCUGGAGACCUAAAAAUGCUUUCUCUUCCAUCACCUCUUCCCAGUGAGCCACUCUUGAGUGGGAUUGACUAAACUUGUGCAUCCCCCAUCACUCAUGACUCCAUUUUACUUUUUAAGCAUGUUUUAUGCCAAUUUAUAGAUCAUACUCAUCUUUUUGGACCUUUCUCAAAGUUAUACUUUAUACUACCAAUGAAGAAACACAGUGUUAAAAUUAUAAAAUGAAAUCCUGCAUUGAGAAUAAAACCCUGGGGUUGUAACAUUUCACUGCACUUACGAAACACAGUAAAAAUUAUUCAGUCUGUAAAGUUUACAAAUACUUAGAUUGUUGUGCUAAUGUUUCAGAGAUUUGGUGUAGAAAUUAGUUUUCUACGGUUGUUCUACCACCACAGAUGAUAUUUGGAGUCGGUGCUUUUACUUUUUAAGUUUAAUGUUUAAAAUUUCUUCCAUCUUCUUUGCCCAGUUAUUUUAUACUAUUGUUAUUUCUGAGAGAGAUGUAGUUGUGGUUUUGUACUUUCUGUGAAAUGUUUGUGGAAGAAAAUAUUUGAAGGACCAAACAUGUAAAAUGUACUUUGAAAGGAAGCAAGAUUUCAGGCAAGUCUGUUUUAACCACGUGUAAUGUUGAAUUACUUGUGAAAUGACACUUGGCUCAAAGGGCACAGUCCUGUCAGUGACCGAAUGUUAGAGGUAAGCCUUCACUCUGGGGACUCCUCUACCAAAUCAGCCUACUCAAAACUAAGUAAUGAAGGAACUUGUUGAAUACAAUGAUCUAAAGGAAGUUAAUUUUCCAAUUCUAUUCAAAACAAUAUUCCAUUCAUAACAUAUUCCAUAUUUGUCAAAUAACAUCCUUAAAUGUUAUGAUAUAAAAGGUACCCAUGAAAUUCCUGUUUUAUCAAUCUAUUUUAAUAGAUGUGUGCAGGAAUAAGAAUAUGAGUGGAAUUGUAGCACUGAUGACAUUUCCAUUUUUAGCUUUUUUUGGGCUGAUUUGGAGUUGCCAUAAAUGUUGGGCUUGCUUUCUUUCUCCAUCCUACCCUUGACCCCAAAGUGCAAUCGUUACGAAUACCAGUGCAUUGACUAUUUUGAUGCAACUCAGCUAAAAUUCAUCAAGUUUCUGUGAGUCAAAUGACUGUUGAUUCACCUCCAUGCCUGUUUGUGAAACUAAAUUCGCCACCCUACAUGGCCUGCAAGGAGAGCUGGUGUUGCCAGUUUUACAAGCCUGACAUUGGUUAAAUCCUGCUUACCCCUAAGUUUGGGGUUUACGGAUAAUGUUAGGGCAGGGCCAUGUUAGUCUAUUACAAGUUGGUUUUUUUUCUUGGCCUGAUGAAACUUUCCUUAAACAAACUGUACCAUCUGAAAUCUGCAACUUCUCUCACUUACCAUCCAUUGAAAACAAAAAAUCCAGAUAUGAUCAUUGCGUUUUUGAUAGCAACUAUUUUUUUAAAAAAUACAAUUCAUGCUAGAUUCCCAGUCUUCAGUCUAUGGAAUUGUGGAAAAUAUUGCACAAACCUGACUUGCACUUGAUUUUAAUGUUACAGUACAGCCCAAGUUAAUUUAGAUAAAUACCUCUGUAAAGUCUGUUUAAUAAUCAGUUUGGCUGUUCAUCCCUCUGACAGUAUUCUACGACAAAUUUUUAACCCUCAGUAAUAUGUUGCACUUUAAACCCAGAGCUGAACACUCUGAUCUCUUUCCUCUGAACUACCUGUAGAAAUCCAAUGAGAAACAAAAAUCAAUCCAAUGUGUUUAAACCCUCCAUUACUUAAAAAUGGCAGCAUCAAUUGGAUGUGUCAGUACAGUUUUGAUUCUCAAUAAUGCAUUCUCUCUCAAAUUCCUUCAAUAUUAGACCAAAAAAACCAUGAAGCCUCCACGUGAAUGUAAAUACAAACUGCAUGCAAAAGAACCAUUGUUUCUCCUGAUCAAUUCCUUCAUUUUUGUCUGGUUUAAAAUAUCCACAGUCACAGGCGACACUUCAUGUUUAAUGUACCUUGUGAUGUAUCUGUUCGCCCUCGUGCCUAUGUGUUCCAACCUCCAGCACUAAUAUCCACCUCAACUUAAUGAGUGCAAAAUACAACUCAGAAAAAACACUUGAGUUUACUUACAAUUUACUCUUAGCUUCUUCCCACAACAAGCUGUAAAUGGAGAUGUCUGGGUGAUGAAGGAGGGAUAUACUUCAUACAGACAAUCACGUAACAAUAACUUGUGCGUGUAACGCACACACUCAACUACAGAGAAACUACAGAAUCAAUGGGUUCAUGUCUUGUGGAGCCAAUUAAUUGAUGUAAAUAAGCUAACUUUGUAUGAGAAAUUGUAUCUUUGACAAACUUGUACUUUCUCGCUGUCUUUUAAAUGUAUAUGUACUAAAAAAAAUGCUUAUUCAUAUUAGGUGGAGCUAUUGAACUAGUGAAUGGAAUACUAUUUUUUAAUUUUUACACUUAAGAACUUUUCAUAAGAAAAGUUGUUUCAAAUGAAUUUCUACAGAAAAGUAUUUUUGAAGAUUGUGAUUUAUACAUGAAGUAUGAAAUGUAACAUAAGAUGUUUAAAAUAGAUAUUUGUUGUCUUUUUGUCUUUAUGGGUGGAAAAUUUAAGCAGUCUAAUUUGUUCAAUACAUUCACAUAAAAAGUAUGCCAGUUAUUAAUAUGGGUGAGGAAGUAAGGGGGACAGAUCAUUGGUUCACUGCCCCUUUAAGAAAUUAUUGCAGACGAUGACCUGUAUUGAUCAAAGAGCUUCCUGGAGUCUUUUGUUGGUCUCUGAGCAGCAUCCAAAAGGAUUAAGCAAAGGUCAGUCAGUCCCCAAAUCUGCUCCCUCAUCUAUUCGAUCAAGACUGAGGUAUCUUUUUGAUGUGUGCUCAAAACUGAAUGCAGUGCCCAAAACAGAAUCUGACUACUCUCUUUUGAAUUCCUUGUGAUAAAGACCAAUGUCCAGUUGGUCUUUUUGAUUACUUUUUGUAUCUGUCUAUUUUAAUGGUUUAUGUACUUGGAGUGUCAAUACCUGUGCUGUACCACACUCCAUACAUUUUAACCAUUAAAAAAGAUAAAGUGGGAGUAUAUUCCAGAAUCUAAGUGGUUACCUCACCACUUAACAACACUGUUGUUCAGUCCACUCUAUUGGCUUAUAUCCAUCUCUUCUGUGCUACGUAAACCCUCUCCAAAUUUGGAUAUAUAACUCCAUUUCUUAAUCUAAAUCAUUGUGAAAUAUAUUAAAAAGUUGAGGCCCCAGAGUAGAUCAUUGGGAAAUGCCAUUUGCCACAUCCUGCCACCUAUAUUUACCAUUUAUCCCAUGUUGCUCCCAACCAAUUACCAACCCAAGUUUAAAAAACUAUGCCCAAUUCCAUGGACUUGGAUUUUUGAUAAUGGUCUCUUGUGAAAAAACUACAAAUUUAUUUAUGAUUGUUUAUAUAGAUGUCAGUCAUAUUCUUAUGACCAUGUCAACUCUCUGAGCAGCUUUGUUCAAAUUUUCAGUCAUUCUAUUGCUAACAACAGGUUUUAAUAGUUUCUGGACAGCUGAUGUUAAACUGACAUGUCUUUAGUAUCUUUUUAUUUAAAACAGCAGCAAAUGCGAGCAUCUGUGUCAGAUUGAAGAUCCUUUGAUCAAAAAAUGUCAGGUUUUGGGGAUAUAAUAGGUUUUGAGCAAGUGAAAGGGCAGGGGAAGGUCGUAACAUGAUCAGAAGGAAAGGUCUGUUGUGCAGUGAAAGCUGCCUUGUUCUGUUUAUUUGUAAAAUAAUAUUGAGCAUGUUUUUACUUCCAACAAAAUCAUUAGCUAGAAGUGCUAACUUUUCUAUGGCUUUCU